AUGUCAGCAGCAGCAGGCGUCAGAUCCAUCGACGCAGCACGAUCCUACUGUCGCCAAAUCCUACAGACCUUCGACCACCCUUCCUACCUCCUUGCCGCAUUCCAACCAGCUCGCAGUCGUGAUGCAUUUCUUGCUCUACGCGCCCUGAAUGUCGAUUUGGCACUCGUCCCAGACCAGGUCACGCAAGUGGCCGUAGGGAAAAUGCGUUAUCAAUUUUGGACAGAGACGGUGGAUCGUUGUUUCAAAGGUGAUCCACCAGCCCAACCUGUUGCCGUUUUGCUAGAUCAUGUCUUGCAGUCUGGUAUUCAACUCACAAAACCCUACCUCCUACGAAUCAUUGCUGAGCGGGAACGACGCAUUGAAACUAUGCAGUUUCAUAACUUGAGUGCAUUGGAGAGUUACGCGGAACGGACCUACUCGACGCUCUUGUACUUGGACUUGGAGUCCCUCGAUAUUCGCAAACCAGAAGUCGACGAGAUUGCACAGCAUAUUGGUUUAUCCAUGGGUAUCGCCUCGACGCUCCGUGGGAUCCCGUACUAUGCAGCGAAAAAGAUGGUGCCGCUUCCAACAGAUAUUUGUGCAAUCCACGACGUCAAGCAGCAGGAUAUACUGCGUCUUCAAGGAAAGACUGGUGCCUCUCUCUCAGGCCUACAAGAUGCCGUGUUUGACGUUGCCACCCGUGCAAACGACCAUCUCAUCUCUGCCUCUACAAAACUCGCAGCAUUGCGUUUGAAGUGGAAGGAGCUAGGGAGACUUGCCAUGCUUGCUGAAGUGGAAGCAGUCGCAUUGAAUGCAGUCCCCAGUCAGAUGUUUCUACAGCGUCUUGAAAAGGUCAAUUUUGACCCGACUCGGCCGUCAUUGUUGAAGCGGGAGUGGACAAUGCCGUAUAGGCUAUGGCGUGGAUUCAAGUAG